CGACGAUGUGUAUCGGACAAGGUCCCCUGCUAUCCUCUCUCUCCUUCUACUCUGCCGAUGUGCAGGUCUUUCCUCUGAUAUAGUGACUGUACACGUGGAUGCCUGGCCAUAUUUCCCUGGAUCUGUGUACAUCGAGCGUUUCUCACAACACCUCGGCGGACCGGCAACUCAGGCUAUGAACCAGCUUUCGCCGGCUCCCCCGACCUUCCGAUAGCAGGAAUAUUGUUCCAUACGCAAGUAGGCGGUCUCUAGACCUCCUCGGAAGGCGCUAUGUAGUAUGCGAUCUACUUCCGACCUCCUUUCCACUCGUCAUAUCUUACACAAUAUGAUCCGCAUGUAUUGCAAAGCGUACACGCCGUCUCUGCCUGUACAGGAGCAGCACACGAGUUCCAUAUCAACGACGUCGUCGAUACAAGGGUCGACUACCUCCAAGACGUCUCUCCAUGCGACCUCGACAUUCCCCUCUACCUUAUGCCUCAUAAACCUGUGUAUAUCCGAACGUCCUCACGGCACGCUCAUCUUACAUCCUCGUAGGACAUCCUCCCGAGUCCCGACGACGAUCACUAAAUGCGGCGCGCUGUCAGGCGCGCAGUCGCAGCCCGUAAUCAGCCUCAAGCGCAGAGACAGGACACAAGAUACGCUAUCCUCACAAAACCUCGCCGUACGUGUAUGGACCAGAAGGGCACCGCUCAUGCAGGAGCACGUUCCGAACUCUCUCGCGCUCUCCGAGCUCUCCACACAUGCAGUUGUGCUAGUCUUGGUCAUGAUUAGCAGCUCACCUUCAGCAGUUGAGCCGGCGGCUUGCGGUGCUGCUACGAGCAUCUUGCGCGCUCGGAAGAUGACGGCUGCGAGCUUGCCUCGGAAGCGGAAGAACAAAGGUAGAGGCGGGCUCUGUGUGGGUUGCAGAAUUGGGGCAGAGCCUGGCGAAGGAGGUGUGGCUGAUGCGUUAUAGAGUCCGCCGCUAGGAUCCCUGGACCCUACCCGACAGGGAUACGCAAUGUCUGCUAUCGCAGCUCAAGUCACUCAUCAUACGCAUUACUAUAUGUUUGUAUGUUCUCCUUCUAUCGACGAAGUCUACGCUAUGGUUGAGCGGGGCGAAACCUUAAGGUUGAAGCUGACCACGAGAAC